AUGGGGAACUGGUGCCUGAACCUCUAUGGAGAGGAACACAAAGUGCCAGCGAGACGGGGGACCUGGUGUGAGGAGCCGGGCCUCAAACUGGGGGAGGACAGAGCCCCGGUCCUGCCAGGAGUCAAGGGGCUCCAGGAACCAGGAGGCAAAGGCAGAGGUCUUAGGCCUGUGUCCAGAGGUUCAAGAGCAGAGAAAGUCCAGACAGUACCAGGAGUCAAGCCCCAGAACCUCAGACUGUGCUGGCUGCCCUUCCCUCUUCGGGCAGCCAGGGGUCAGGCCGCCCAGGACGAGAGCCCUUGUAUCGUGCUUGUGGUCGAGAUGAGUGAGCUGAGCAAGCCCAAGGAAGACCUUCAGGACCCAGGCGAGGCCCAGGGCCAGGAGGAGUCACAGCUCUUGGGGGCUGAGGGGGGGGAGGCCGCAUCCCUCUCAGCCUCCUCCCCACCAGUCUCCUUGUCAGCCCCUGUGGAGGCCUUGCCCCAGGAAGCUCUGAAUAAAAUGGUGGCUGACAUGGUGAAGUUCCUGCUCCGCAAGUAUCGAGCCAAGGAGCCAACCUCCUACGCCGAAUUGCUGAAUACAGUCCUCAGGGAUAAUCAGGACCUCUACCCGGUGGUCUUCUGCCAAGCGAUUGAGUGCAUUCUGCUGGUGUUUGGUGUGGAUGUGAAGGAGGUAGACCCCAGGAAGCACAUCUACAUCACGGUCCCCAACCUGGGCCUCACCUGUGAUGCAGUGCAGAGAGGUGGGCAGGGUCUGCCCAAAGCUGGCCUCCUGGUGGUGGUCCUCAGCCUGAUCCUCCAGAAUAGAGAUCACAUCCCUGAGGAGGAGAUCUGGGAAGCGCUCAACAAGAUAGGGCUGUAUGUUGGGAGGGAACACUCCAUCUUUGGCGAGCCCAGGGAGCUGCUAACCCAAGUGUGGGUGCGAGAUGGGUACCUGAAGUACCGGCAGGUAUCUGACAGUGACCCUGCUCGCUACGAGUUCCUGUGGGGUCCCCGGGCCUUUCUGGAGACCAGCAAGGAGAAAUUCAUGGAGUAUCUGCUCAGGAGGCUGUGA